AUGAAGGCUGUGUUGAUUCUCUCCGUGGCUGCCGUGGCGACGGCAGGGUAUUAUAGACCCUAUGGAUAUGGCACUGGUGCGUUGGCUGGGAGACUUGGAGGAGGAGUUCUUGGAGGAGGACAUCUUGGAGGAGGUGGUCUUGUCGGAGGACCAGCUCAUGGUGUCGGUGUUGUUCAUGGUGGUGUUGGGUACGCAAAGGUGGACCUGAGUGUGGGUGGCAGCGACUAUCACUUCUCGUGGCGUCACGACGGUGGCAAGAACUAUGACGGGCACAGUGCCAACUAUUACUGCUCCAGCCUGGGCAAGGGAUGGCAGGGCGUCAGCAUCGAGACUCCUGAAGAGGACAAGAUUAUUUCAGACAUCAUCUACAAAGACAAUGUGAAGUACAUCUGGACGAGCGGUUAUCGUAGCGGUUAUGGCUUCCUCUGGGGCUCCGGUGCUCCCUUCUACGGCAUCAACUGGUCUUACACCGGCAGCGAGGGGCUUCCCCAGCCAGACAACGCUGAGGGCGGGAAGGAGUUCUGUCUGGCAGUGCUCAACAACUUCUACAAUGACGGCAUCAGAUGGCACGACGUCGCCUGCCACCACGAGAAGCCCAUCAUCUGUGAGCGCCGUGGGGUUUACUAUGGCUGAGCAGCCCAUCACUGCCUGCACUCCAAGAUGACCUGGGAUCAUAAUGAUAAAUUCUCUAUAAUCUGGAGAUAUUCAUUCGCUUAAUAAAUGUUGCAGAGAAGGAAA